CUGACAGAGACUUCUGAUCACAGCCAUGGAGUCUCCAUUGUUUCUGUUGUUGUUCUUCAGCUUCUUUCUAAUAACUGUCUCUACACAGGACAUGUUCCUGGUGACAGCUCCCAGUGUGUUUCAUGUGGGAGUGAAGGAGCGUGUAUCUGUUCAGUUACCCUCCAGCCUGCUCAACCAGCCUGUACUUCUCUACUUGGAACAUGAGACCAGUGGGCUGCUGAUGUCCAAUAGGGCUACUUUUCAGAUGACCCAAGAGAAACAAAUUGGAGUUGUAGAACUCGAGGUGGACAGAGAGAAAAUGUCAAGCCUUCCUACGUUGAACCCAACACCGCUCUACUUGGCACUAGUGUGUGAGAUCAGACCUGGGCAGAGGGAGAUGGUCAGAGUGCUGGUUUCUCAACACAGGGGCUACAUCUUCAUCCAGACAGAUCAGCCUGUCUAUACCCCGACACAGACAGGUGAGCUCCCACAACCUGCCUGCUCACAGCUCUAAUUAAUUAACUAGCAUUACAACCUGCCAAAGAAAGUCAUCCUUAUUUUAAAAACAUUUUCUUUACAGAGGGAUUUAUACAAAAAUAGGUAUAAAGGUUUUGCAGAAAAAUUUAGUAGUACAGCUAGACAUGAAAUCUCUGUAAUAGCAGGAAUCCUGUUUGUGGCGCUACAGCACUGAACAUUUUCACAGGGUUUUCCUUUGGAUGCUCUGGUUUCCAAACACAGUCUAAAGACUUUGACUAAACAUCCCAGCCACUGUGAGGCACCACUGCUAUCAGCUGUGCCACUGAGCUGCCCUCAGGUUAAAAUUUACAAAACAACAUCCUUAUAGGGUUUUUGUCUUGCUUAGAAGUAGAUAUAAAGUCAGUGAGUAUACUGUGGCCAUUGUGGGACACAGGGGGCCACGUGGGCAAGACAGAGGACAAGUUUUCUCCAGCAAUUUUUGUUCUCAAGUAAAGGCAAAAACCAGAAUGGGAGAAACGGCCCCUUUAACUCCACAUACCAGUAAGAACUAAAGAAACACAAUACAAUCCAGCAAUGGGAGCACAAAAAUAGCCCGCAUAUCACCAACCUGGGCCCAUCUUUUUUGAAGCCCUUCUCUUCCCCAACCAACUCCCUCAAACACUCUUCUAGACUCUCAUGGCAUGACACACACACACACACACACACACACACACACACACACACACACACACACACACACACACA